CUUCAGAAACACCUGCCACAAGGGACUAUAUCAACCACAACUGCUGACAUAAGAUUCACUUUCAGGCAAGCGCCCUUUUCAAAGAUCACCCAAACAUGGCCGUCGACAGCCGGGUUUCCUGUGUGUUGUUGCUCCUGUUCAUGACCAUCUAUUGUAACAACGCUAGAGUAUUAUGGUCGCUAACGAGCUUUCCGUCAAGUGACAUUCUGAAAGACUUCCAUGCUGACCACUCUUUUGGCGAUGACAACAUGGCCAUUGCCAAUGACCCUGCCGGAGGUCAUGGAAAGGUCCUGAGAAUUUUCUACCCUAAAGGCUCCUACAAACCAUCACAUCACCCGCAAGGAGGCGCUCAGUUCUUUUCGGAGCCUACUGGACAAAGAACUUCCAUGACACUAACCUACGACAUUUACUUUCCCAAGAACUUCGACUUCGUCAAAGGCGGAAAGUUACCUGGGUUGAUGGGAGGCACGACUAGAACCUGUUCCGGCGGUCGUGACUCCGACCAUUGCUUCACGACACGAUUCAUGUUCAGGAGCGACGGUGACGGUGAAGUCUACUUGUACGCCCCUCAUGAUCAAGAAAGUAGUUUCUGUGAUCGCCAUGACGUCAUUUGUAACUUUGACUUCGGCCAUUCCCUCGGUAGAGGCUCGUGGAAGUGGAAGACCGGCGAGUGGCAGACCAUCAGCCAGCACGUCCACCUGAACACCCUAGGCAAACAUGACGGUUACAUCAAGGUCUGGCUGAAUGGCAAACAAGUAUACGAGUCCAGGAACCUUCUGUUUCGCCGCGAGCAUUCGGUAGAGAUCACGGGAAUGUACUUCUCCACAUUCUUCGGCGGAGGAAGCUCCAGCUGGGCCACACCUCACGACACGUACACAUAUUACCGAAACUUUUACCUCACUGAUGAUGCACAUCCGCAUGUCAUCGGCUAGCUAUAUGUAAACUCUGGAUUUGUCAAAAAAAUAAACACGCUUAACAAAAGGGCAACAGAGCACAAGUUGCAUAAAGAUAAAUGGU